AAUACAUCUCAACUCGCUUCACCCCAGUUUUGCUUUUUGCAAGGACUUUCACUUACUCUGGGGUCUGCGCUUGCUGGAGAUGAGAAUGAUUCAUAGUGACACACUGGCGACUUCUUAUUUCCGCGACUGGGCGCGCUAUGCCGUCAUCCACGACCAGCAUCACUGCGUAUCUAUCAUGCCAAGCCACUUCGUAGCAUCAUAUAAUGUAGGUGGCUAGCGAUGCUACCUGCACCGUCGUACAUACCCAAGGUAUCAUUUUCGCCAUGGCUUCAACAGUCACUGGCAUGCCGCUGGAUGCUGCUGCCAUCAUGUCAACAGUUCUGGAAGGUAUCUUAUAUGGCUUUUCAGUUCUCAUGUUUAUAGGUACCAUCUGGACAUUCACUUAUAAAAAACGCACGAGGGACGUCAAUCGGCCAAUCGCCGCGGUUGCCGUCUUUCUGUUUUUACUGAGUACCAUGCACAUGGUCAUAGACAUUAUUCAGCUCGAAGAUGGAUUGGUGAAGUAUCGCAACACAUUCCCAGGCGGCCCAACGGCAUUCUUCGCAGACUAUACCCAGGAGACGUAUGUGGUCAAGGCUGCGUUGAAUCUCACGCAAACUCUGCUUGCCGAUGGGGUGGUGGUUUAUCGAUGUUACAUCGUUUGGAAAUCUGCCCGGGUUAUGAUUCUACCAUGCAUGAUGUGGUGUGCAGUUGCAGUGUGCGGGGGUUUUACGGUCUACGACCUUUCACUGACUAGUGAUGCCAACAGUGUCUUCACUGACCAGGCUGGACAUUGGGUCACGGCGUUCAUUUUCUUUACUUUUACAACCAAUUUGUUCAGUUCAGCAUUGCUGGCAUACCGCAUUUGGACGAUCGAACGUAAUAUCUCUACAGUUCACACCAGGAGAGGUAUAAGGCCUAUCGUGCGGGUGCUUGUGGAUGCUGCUGUUUUAUACUCUGCGGCCAACUUGUCUGCGGUAAUAUGUUUUGCCCUUUCGAACAAUGGCACAUAUGUCAUAGGAAACUUCUUGAUCAAUCCAAUCAUCUCGAUUUCCUUCUACAUGGUGUUUAUUCGCAUCGCAAUCAAUGAAGAUACUCAAGAUUUCCUCUCGACUGUUUCUAGGACAAUUGAAACAGACCGAGGAAUCCCGCUGCAUUAUCCUAUGCAGACUUUGCAGACUGCAUUCAGGGAGAAUAAUACCUCCUCCUGGCUAAAAUAGCAAUUCAUACAGCCUGAUAUUUGUACUCUCUUGUUUCGGAUGGUGGCUACGUCUAGACUUCACGAGGAACGCCAAAAUAUCUGACUGUACUUUAUUUUCUACUUGUCUGAAUAGGGUUCGAGAUAGAUUAUCUGCGGUAAUAAUAGGUGUUAUCAACUUGCGGUUUAAUUGCUCUUUA